CUUGCACCUUUGCUUGCUGUGCCUGUUGGCUUCCUCUGCUGCUCUCCGGCGGCGCACACACGAAGGAGGCCGCCGCUCGCACCCGCGCCCCUCCGGCCGUCGCCCGCGCCCCGCCACCCCCACCGCUCGCGCCCAGCGUCCAGCGGCCCCGACCGGCAGGCCAGCCGCCCGCGACUGCACCCAGCGACCAGCCGGCAGCCACCAGCCGCCUCGCAUGUGCCCCGCUGGGCCGCCGGCCGACGCCCGUUGCCCCACCCAGGCGCCCAGCCUGCUCCGCACCUCUGCUGCUCGCCCAACACCGUUGCAAAAUCCUCAGCCAGCGGCCUCUCCUCCUCCAUCCUCCUAACCAGGGUCUAAGUACUACCAGUGACUCACCACUGGGCUGUGCUCCUCUGCUCUUGUGUCCAGGCGUAACAAGAUGUUUGUCCUCAGCCAAAUUGAGCACAACCUGCCAAUGCCGCCACACGUGCUGAGCCGGCCCCUUGUUGAUGCCAUCAAGGCUGAGCUUGAGAGGCUCUUCCUGGACAAGAUCGUCGCGAACCUUGGGCUCUGCGUCUCCGUCUACGACAUCCGCUCUGUUGAAGGUGGCUUCAUCUUUCCAGGAGAGGGCUGCUCCACUUAUAAAGUUUCCUUUAGGCUGCUGAUGUUCAGGCCCUUCGUUGGGGAGGUUCUUGUUGGGAAGAUCAGUGGAUAUGAUGAAAAAGGUCUGCAUGUUUCACUUGAUUUCUUCAGUGAUAUAUGCAUUCCCGGACACUUGAUGCAGUAUGGCACAGCUAGGGCAUCAGAUGGUAGGUGGAUGCUGAAGACUGAAGAUGGUGAUGAGCUCUAUCUUGAUACAGAUGAUGAGAUACGAUUCUUGGUAUCUAGCAUAAAAUACCCACCUAUCCCAGUUGAACAAAAGGAGACUGACAGUCCAUUUGCUCCAAUGCAAAUAAUUGGAAGCAUUAAAGGAGACGGCCUUGGUCUUCUUGCUUGGUGGACUGCAGACGAAGAGGAAGGAGAGGGUGAAGCGGAGGAAUAGUUGCUAGCUACUUCUUUGUCCGGGUUGCUGUUUUGUGCAUCUGGUGAAGUGGUGAUCUGGAGAGCUUUUGUGAUGACUUCCCUGGAGCAGCAGUCAGCAGACCAACAACGGAAGGCAAUUUUGUCUAGUGUGUGACCUGCAAGCAAGUGCAAAAGAUCUGGAAGUGAAAGCAACUUGCUGUGAGGUGUGAACGGUGAACCUGUGGCCAAAUUGCCAUCUGCCAUUGCUGUUUGAUCUUUUGUUACGGCGUUGGCUACUUCCCUAGACUACUUCCCUGUUCUUUUGGUCUGAAAAUGGAAGCCUGUAAUAUCUUGAGAUUCAGCUUUUGGCGAACCUGGCUUCUUGGUAAACAGAUCUUUUUGUUAGUUUGUGGCUUUCAUUGCUCUUGUGCCAUUUGUAACGAUGAGAGAUCUUUACUAUUACCUCGACUUCAAGUUAUAACU